AUGGAAACUACGCAGCCGCAGCAGAGAGACUCCAAAGAGAAUAAUAUUGAUAAUUACUAUGUUGAGCAGUUGCAUGGUUCGCUUAAUAAUGAGGAUUUGCACAAAAUAACUGAAUAUCAAAUAAACAUGCAAAAGAAUCUGGACAAGAGUAUAGCAACACUUAAUUCUCUGAAUGAAGAGAGCGCACAAAAAUAUGACGAACUCUUGAAAAAAUACGAGUCAUAUGCAAAAUGUGUUAAAGAGGUGAAGAAUGAUCUGGAGUAUAUUUUUCGAAAGCUUCGGUCAAUAAAGCAAAUAUUAGCGACAAAGCAUUCUGAGGCUUUUGCCGAGGUUGAAAAAAAGUUUCCGAAAAAGGAAGAUGAUGAGGA